CGGUCUAUCGCAAUAAGUGCAAAGCUAUUAAGGAAAAAAAAACGCCUGAGUGCAUUGCGCAAAUCAAGAUCGAAAGAGAGAGAGAGAGAGAGAAUACUAGAAAAAAAUCUUUCAAGAGGUGACAAGUAGCGAAUGCAGACGCCGCUGUUGUCGGGUACUCGUAAACACUCCGCCAUUAUGCCGUAACGCCAUAACGUUGUGUUCCGAGUGAGAGAUAGGUUUGGUGCUGGGUGCUCCUCCGUGAUAAACAAGUGCAAUAGUUUUUUUGCACGCCAAAGAAGUUCACUAUGUUCGAAUUAGAGAAGUUUGAAUGAUAAGCUUGUAAUUCGUUGAUGCCUCAAGGUACAGGAUUCAGGUUUAUACAGGUAUUGAGGGAACACUGACACAAACCACUGUCAGUAGAGAUUUAAAAUCAAAUUUGUCGAGUUGAAAAGCAAAAAUGGAUGACGAAGAAGGCUCUUCGAGUUCGGGGCCCAUGUCCUCAUUAAACAGCCUGUUUUCAUUCACGAGUCCAGCAGUAAAAAAACUUUUGGGUUGGAAACAGGGUGACGAGGAAGAGAAAUGGGCAGAAAAAGCGGUAGAUUCCCUGGUAAAGAAAUUGAAAAAACGCAAAGGCGCAAUUGAGGAAUUGGAGCGAGCUCUGAGCUGUCCUGGUACGCCUAGCAAGUGCGUAACGAUACCUAGGAGUUUGGACGGACGUUUACAGGUGUCGCAUAGAAAGGGUUUGCCACAUGUAAUUUAUUGUCGAGUGUGGCGAUGGCCCGAUCUCCAGUCGCAUCAUGAACUCAAACCUUUGGAAUUGUGCCAAUAUCCAUUUUCCGCCAAGCAAAAAGAAGUCUGUAUAAAUCCUUAUCAUUACAAGAGAGUGGAAAGUCCAGUAUUACCACCUGUUCUAGUACCAAGGCAUUCAGAAUUUGCACCGGGUCAUUCUUUGCUGCCAUUUCAUCAGCUUCCUGAGCCAACGAUGCCUCAUAACGUGUCUUACUCGUCAAGCGGCUUUAAUUCUGGGAGUGGCGGUAGCAGUGUUGUGAAUCCGACCUCGCCUAUGUCUUCGGUGGGUUCAGUACCCAGUCCUGGUGGCACAACAUCCCCCAAUCCCCAGAGUCCUUACGGAGCUAAUGGUUUGCCGGAAACUCCACCCCCUGCAUAUUCCCCACCUGAGGAUGGUUCCCAGUCUGGCCAAUCCCCACCUCCGGAUCCAGCCGCAAUGGAUACAACCGGAAACUCGGCAGAAGUCGCCCCUGUCUGCUACCAAGAACCUCUCUACUGGGCCUCAAUCGCCUAUUACGAGUUGAACUGUCGCGUCGGCGAAGUUUUCCACUGUCAAUCCCACUCUGUAAUCGUCGACGGUUUCACCAACCCUAGUAACAAUUCCGAUCGCUUUUGUCUCGGCCAAUUAUCCAACGUAAAUCGCAACUCCACGAUCGAAAACACCAGGCGACAUAUUGGCAAAGGCGUUCAUCUGUAUUACGUUGGUGGUGAAGUUUACGCCGAGUGUUUAUCCGAUUCCGCUAUUUUCGUACAAUCGAGAAAUUGUAAUCAUCAUCACGGCUUUCAUCCCAGCACCGUCUGCAAAAUACCUCCUGCUUGCUCUCUCAAGAUAUUCAACAAUCAGGAGUUUGCUCAAUUAUUGUCACAAAGUGUCAAUCAUGGCUUUGAGGCAGUUUACGAACUCACCAAAAUGUGCACUAUCAGGAUGUCAUUCGUAAAAGGAUGGGGUGCCGAAUACCAUCGACAAGAUGUAACUUCAACGCCGUGUUGGAUAGAAGUUCAUUUGCACGGUCCUCUACAGUGGCUGGACAAAGUUUUAACCCAAAUGGGUUCGCCACACAACGCCAUAAGUUCAGUGUCGUAAGAGAAAAAAGACGAAAAAACCGAAUUAGCGAUCAAGAGGGAAAGAUAGAGAAAUAAAUGAGACCUAGAUAAGUGAGGUAAAUAACUCUGAACAGGUUUUCCUGUGAAUAAGUGGGGGAGAAGAGUCUAUUCUGGAAGCCUUCGUCCCGCAUGACGAGCUAAUAACAAAGUGUGUUUAUCUUUUUCGAUCUCUACGGCCUGAAAUGCCAUUAUUAAAUUUCAAAAAAGACGAGUCGAACUCGAAAACAUUCGAUUUUCAUUCAGAAUUUCGAUUAAUUUCGUAUUCGCAAUUAUGAGAAGAACUAAUGGAGAGCAAAAAUGUGGAGCAAACCAGAAAACUAAACGAGGAGCCUUGACGCGAGUGCAAAUAUAGGAUUAUUUAGUACAAGAGAGUCGUUUAUAAUUGAAUGAGAAGAUGAAAAAAAUUAAACACAUUGAAAGUAAAACGCUAUUGUUUAUAUAUUAACAAAUAUAUGAAUGAUAAUUUAUAUAUAUCUACAAACGUAUAAAGUAUGCGCAAUUAUUUACGGAAUUAAAAGAAAAAAAAGACAAACAACAAGAUAAAGCCGUACAAAUUUUUAGGCUGUUCUUCACGAAGAAGGAAAACUACUAUUAUACUACUGAGAAAUAUAGUAGAUUUACUGUAUAAUAAGGAUAUAUAUAUAUAUAUAUAUACAUACGUAUAUAUUUUAAUCAUAAGCGUCCGUCGUAAAAUUUUAAUUUGUAAAUUGGGGUACGACCGAAUUAUUCACUCUCGUUGAAUCUUCGAGAGAUGAAAGUAAAAAAAAAUAGAAUCAUGUCGCAGUUUCGGUCUAUUGAAAAAUGUAUAAACAUAUAUACAAUUUUUUUUUCUACACUAAUAAAUAUGUAAAGAUGAAAGAUUGUAAGCGAGACAAAACGAAUUGUGCAAACUGACAAUAGGCAAUGUUUACAGAAAUACCACAGCUUUUUGUUAUUUCGCAGACCAUCAAAUAGUGAUUGUCGAGAGAAAGUUUGGGUACUCACCCUCAGUUGCCUUCUUUGCUUCUCGUUCGUCAUUUUAAAGGGAGAACAAAUUCUCUUGGAACUAGUUUAGAGUGCAAAAAAUAAAAUUCUCGACGUAUAAACGAAGGAUUCAUUUCCCUCGUGCCUCACACAACAGGACAAUAUAAAUAAUAGUUAGAUACUUGCUGUUUGUACGCAAUGCCUUAAAGGACGAAGUGAUGCCCCGGUUUUUCGGGCGUUUGGAAAAAGGCCUCAAUUUGAUGUCGCUAACGUGUGUCAUUUUUAAGAUGUAUACCAUUUAAUUCUUGUACUGAUUAUUAUCUUUCGCAAAUAUUACAAUGCAAGAUCUCAAUAUUUUUCAAGCUGCGUGCUAUUUACGCGCGACCAUAACUACUUUCGAUGAUUAAUUUAUCUCUACGUAUAUAUGAAAUUUUUAAUGUUUACUCGUAUAGUAACAAACGAAAAACCGAUUGCAAGAAUUACGCAAAAACUUUUCGAUCAUAAUCCACUUAAUCUUUGUUCCCUCCGACGACGCAGUUUUUUUUAUUUUUAUGGUGCCUUGACCACAUUCUAACAGCUCUGUUUUUUUUUACAGAAGACAGUACAUUGAAUUCUCAAAAUGAUAAGAAUUCAAAUUUUUUGGCUUGACAUAAGAUCUUGAAUGAUUCAAUGGCAAAUAACGAUGGUUGGUUAAACGAUUUCACUUUCUUUUCUGUAAAUAACUUCGGUCGCUAGAUAAAAAAUAUAAAUCUUCGAAAGCUUAGAAAAUAAUUUGUCAAACCAACCGAAUAACUUUGGAAUAUUCUGUUUUCUUUUUUUUAUAAUACACUCUUUUGGUACAGUCAAUGCAUCGUGAAAGAAAUUCGUGUAAGUUGGGACAUCAAAGUAUUUAUACGUCCCUAAAGAGGAAAGAAAGAAAGUAAAGAUGAGUUUAUAUUUUUACUCGAUGAAGAAAAAGAAAAACGCAACGAAAGUCACUGCCGCUUAAAAUUGAACGAUUCGUUUGUUCGAGUUCGCUCAGCUGUGAUUUCUUUUUUUUAAUAACUCGACCAUAAAGGGAAAUGAAAUGUAACGGAAGUACCGUACCAGAUUCUCGACCGGAAAUACAAAUUAAAAUGUGUCUUGCGCACGCAUAUAAAGUUGGAGAGUUUUAUCUGUAUGUAAAAGAAACAAGCAGAAAAAAUAUAUAAAUGUAUAUUAAAGCUGUAAUGCCAAAUUUGCGCACAGAUUUCUAUUUCGGUAAAUUUAUUCCUCGGAUUAUAACGAUAAAGUACGGUUUUAAAAGUUGUGUAAUCGCGUCCUUAUAUAUAUAUAUAUAUAAAUAUAUUCAAAUUGUAUACAAAAUCGUAUACCAUUAUAGCUUUAAAAAUUGUUGCAAUUAUAAUAUUAAUAAUAAUGAUAAUGUGCAAAUGCGUGUUGAAUGGUCAAUAUUCAAAAAUGAUGGCGAAUAAUGUCGCCGAAAUUUCGUCAAGAAUGAAAAUGUGCCGCACGAUAUAUACAUUGAUAUAUGGAUAGUGUAUUAGUGACUUAAGAAUAAGAAAACUUUGAAUGUAUGAAACAUUCGCGCCUUUUCGUCAUUCUACGUAACGGAUGAAAACUCGAAAUUUCCAACAAUCAAUUUCUCCGAGACUCGUUACUGACUACGUUUAUACGGCGCUUUUAUUUCAGUUUUGUAUACACAGACGGGUAUAUUUAUAUAUAUAUCAAGAGUAUUUUGUAUAUCUAUAAUGAUAUAACUGAACCGGAAAAAAAGUGGCGUGUAAACGUAGUAACUUUCGUUCAUGUCAAAACAAAAGAAAAAUAUGAAUCAUUUUCUUGCUCAAGUACAUUUUUUGUAUUUUUUUUUAACGCAUAAAUGUUGCUGAAAGAUUGAAAAUGACCCCGUGACAUUGUCAACAGAAAAUGUUGAAACGGUGCGACCAUAAAAUCAACAGAUUUUUUAUUAAUUUUAAAAUUCUUCUAUCGAUGCACAGUAAUUAUUAGCAAUCUUUAAGCAUGAUUUGAAUUAAUAUUUCACACUCCAAAGUAAAAAUGAAAGCCGAAAUGGAUGCGAAGCAAUUUUUUACUUAACCAACGCUGAAUCACGUCAGCUGAGAAUGACGUUGGUCCGCAGAAGAACAACCUUCGAAACUAUGUCAGCUCAAACACCUAUACUCACUGUAUUACGUGGGAAUUACCCGAACUAUACUUCGAAUCAACACUUAUUUUUGUGCCUUUUUCAAAGGGACUUGAGAAUCAAAAUGCGUUCUUAUAUUUUGGUCAAUACUAAAGAAAAAUAAAUAAAUUGCUUAUGUCUGUAAAUUGUAAGUUCACUAAAUGUAGCAUCUGCGAGAAUUUUUUUCGCGACAAUAUGUAUGGUGAAAAUAUUUUUUAUCGUAGCUAUCGACAAGCAGUUUUUUUCUCUCGUUCCCACCAAUUGUCCCACAGCGUCCACGAUUUGUUUUUGUUUCCUAAAAAAGGCGCCCCAUUCUUGGGAAUUGAACGAAACUAAAAAAUGUGUAUGAAUGUUCAAAAAAUACGAGUUUAAAUGAAAAAAUGUAUUAGACUAUGAUUAUUGAAAAACGUGAAAUUUCCAAUUUUUGGUCGGCCCUUAAAACGAAAGAAAGUGUCCGUUCUUUAUACGGGCGCGUUAUUCAAUUUAAUCCAACUACUGUAUUCCAUUGUGUUUCGAGUGUGUGUAUAUAUAUAUACAUACAUAUAUAUAAACGGGGAAAAUAUAUUGUGUCCUGCUA